AAGGCACGUGAUGAACAAGUGACGAGACGGUCUUCAUUGUCAUUGUUGUCUUCUCCUUCGUUUUUUUCCACCUUAGUAGAGAGUAUAGAAGAAAGACACUACUCUUUCUUAUUUCUUUCUUUCUUUCUUUCUUUUUUCUCUCACUCUAACCAGUAACUAGUAGUACUACCUAACCUACCAAUGACCAAAAAUCAUCAUCAAUGAGUUCAAAUAAUAAUUCUUCAAAGAUUGAAUUAUUGGUUUGGUUUUCUCAAUUCAUGGGAGGUCUUUGUUCAAGGUCCUCCCAAGAUGUUGACCGUGUCUUCGCCAAUUCCUCCGAUGCCGAUGCCGAUUCCGAUCAUAAUAAGCCUAACCCCACCACUCCUCCUCACCCACCCCAAACCAUGGACAGAAAUAAUAAUCCUCCCGGACAACUUUUCUACGACGGAAUCCCACUCUACGCCGAUAAGCCUAGGGCUAAACAACCUACUACUGUUGCUAAAGUCUCAGAGGUGAGUUCGCGCAUUGGACGAGCUGGAUUGGGGAAGGCGGUGGAGGUUUUGGACAAUCUUGGGAGCAGCAUGGCAAAUUUAAAUGCUGGCAGUGGGUUUGUUUCUGGAUCUGCAAUAAAGGGGAGUGAAAUUUCCAUCUUAGCAUUCGAGGUUGCAAACACUAUUGUCAAAGGUUUUCAUCUACUGGAAUCUCUUUCCACAAAAAGUAUUAGGCAUCUAAAAGAAGAGGUGCUUCUUUCAGAGACUGUGCAUGAUUUAGUGUCAAAGGAUAAGGAUGAACUUCUUACGAUUGUUGCUGCAGAUAAAAGGCAGGAGUUGAAAGUUUUUUCCGACGAGGUGAUUCGUUUUGGAAAUCGUUCAAAGGAUCCUCAAUGGCACAACUUAGACCGUUACUUUGAGAAGAUUAGCAAAGAGUCAAGUGCUCAAAGACUCUCAAGAGACGAGGCAGAAUCAAUGAUGAAACAAUUGAUGACUUCAGUCCAAUUUACAGCUGAGCUGUACCACGAACUUCAUGCAUUGGACAGAUUUGAACAAGACAUUGAGCAUAAGGGUGAAGAGGAGGAUCAAAGAGGUGAUAGCCUUGCAUUCUUGAGAGCAGAAAUUAAAAGUCAAAGGAAGCAAAUUAAACAUUUAAAGAAAAAAUCACUAUGGUGUAGAAGUUUGGAGGAGGUUAUUGAGAAGCUUGUAGACAUUGUACAUUUUUUACAUUUGGAGAUAAGCAAUAACUUUGGGAGUGCAGAUGGCGAAAAGCCAAUAAUUGGAAACAUUGGCAAUCGCCAAAGAUUGGGCCCUGCUGGUCUUGCUUUGCAUUAUGCAAAUAUAGUGCUUCAAAUUGAUACUCUUGUAGCCAGGUCUAUUUCUAUGCCUGCAAAUACAAGGGAUACAUUGUAUCAAAACUUGCCCCCUAAUAUAAAAUUAGCUCUACGUUCCAAAUUGCCAUCCUUUCAUGUUGUAGAAGAGCUCACUGUAGCGGAUAUCAAAGAUGAGAUGGAGAAAACAUUACAUUGGUUGGUUCCAAUUGCCACAAACACAUCCAAAGCACAUCAUGGCUUUGGCUGGGUAGGGGAGUGGGCGAACACAGGCUCCGAGGGGAAUAAGAAAGUUUUCCAAGGUGGUGCAAUGCGGAUUGAGACAUUCCACUAUGCUGAUAAAGACAAAGUAGAACAUUAUAUUCUUGAACUUCUCUUAUGGCUUCACCGCUUGGCCAUCAAAAGCAAGGCUGGCAGUAAUGCUGGCAAAGUGAAGUCUGCCAUCAAGCCCUCUGUUGGGGCUACCUUAGAAGAGACAAAUAAUCAGUCUCCAAAUGCACUGUCAUCAUUUUUAACAAUCGAUGAGCGAAACAUGCUGCAGGAUGUAAGUAGGAAACCAAAGAUGAAAGGAAAUAGUAAAAGCUUGGACUUUGACAGUCUGAAGCCUACAUUGAGUGAGAAAUGCAGACUGACCAAGAGUAGCAGUCUUUCAUCAAGUAAAAGCAAGGGAUUAUCUUUUAAUAGGAUUUUGUCAAAGCUUCCUGUGAUUGAUUUUGAUAUUGACAAAGAACGAGCAUUGAACGUGAUCGACAGACUAGAUGUGGUCAGAUAAUUGCAAGUUUGACUGGUUGGCUUUGAAAUGAAUAGAGAGAAGCAAUAGUAAGCAUGAACGUAAGAGUGGGAUUUCUGAGGGGUACGCAUAUCAUACUUACAACAAGCGUUCAACGCCAGUAUUUUUGCAGCAACUACGGUGCCAUGGAUUCCAUCAGCUUCAUUAAGGUGCAUUGUUUUGGUGAAAUUCCGCGAUGUAGAUAUGUCAUUGUCCACAUUAUGGUAUUAGGGAAAUUGUUGAGGUGAUAUAUGUUCAUGCUUGCAUCAAUGUGACCCCACUCGUGUUGGGGCAUGGUGGAAUUAUGGUUUUCAGUCAGUGUAUAUACUAAAUACUAAAUGAGUUAAUGAGGAUGUAGUGACCUUCGUUUUUGCACAGCUUUAAGAAAAGUUCGUGAUUGUGAACCAACCAUAAAUCAAUGACAAAACAUUCCUAUAUCGCUA